CUCUUCAUUGUUGAUAGAAUAUCUGAGUUUAUUAGCUUUAAAGGACGCAACAUUUUACCCGCGGAAAUCGAAACUGUUUUACUGACUCAUCCUACGGUAUUCCAAGCAGUAGUAAUAGGAGUGCCACAUGAAAUUGAUGACCAACAUCCAAUGGCUAUUGUUUCUGUAGUGCCAGGUAAAACGGUAACAGAGCAAGAGCUCAUCAGUUUAGUGGAAAAGAAUAUGCGAAAUGACUGCAUGUUGCGGGGCGGCGUUAAAUUUAUCGACAAAAUACCACACACAAAUACUGGCAAAAUCGCUAGAAAACAGUUACGAGACAUGUUUCUACAUUAAUGUGCACAGUUUGAACAUUAAAAUUCGAAUUGUUUAAGCUGCAUUUUCGAUGAAAUUGAUACUUUGUUUAAGAUAACAAUUGACAACAAUGCUGCAAAUAUAUUAAGCGCAAAAUAUACGAAAUAUACUACAGAUUGUAGAAACUCUAAUGAAAAAUUUAAAUAAUAUAAUACAAAAAUUCAUACAAGAUUAUCGAAUUUUGUAGAAUAGCAAAAAAUUAUAAAAUUUUUAGGACACUCUUCUUCAGAAAUACAGAAAAUAUCUUAUAUUUUCUACACAUAUUUCCUUUACGUCGCUUCCUUAUUUAGCGCUAUAUCUUUGUAAAAUUAAAAUAAAAUGCACGCAA